CUGGGUUUGCAGCGCAUCCCUUGCCCAGUGUCUCUCGGCCCGUCUCCGACCCUUAAUGCCCGCUGUCUGCCGGGACGAUUCGUCCCAACAGGCACAGGUUCUCCCCCUCCGCCCCGCAACCCUGCUUCAGGGCAGAACAAGGGCACCCUGGUCCCACCCCGGGUCAGCCGGGGCCGGGAGAGACACUUGGAGGCGGGCAGCCGGGCUCGCCUUCCCCGGGGCUAGCAGAGAGAGAGUUCACCCUUCUGUUCUCCUCCUCCUUUCCUCCCCCCGGGCUUGUCCUUGGAAACACUGUUUGUUUUGGUCGGCGAGUGCCAAACUCCUGCCUCUGGUAACUGUUAAAAACAUGGGGCCGGGGGAGGAGACAGACGGCGAAACAGAUGGAGGAAGAGGAGGAGCCGUUGCCGUCAGUGCCGCUCCCCCCGAGUCCCGCAGAGGGAAGCCGGCGGAGCGGCAAGGUGUUACCCGGCCUCCUCUCUGCAGGUUGUGCACCCUCGCCGAAACGUCUGAGGUGGUUUUUAAGCCUUCAUCAAGAGAAGUCUUGUGUAUAAGAGGAAGAGCUAUGCACCUAGAAAGCUAGAAGAGAUGGUUGAUAGCUGUCGGCUAUCAGCUGUCAGAAGCGAGGCACGAGGAAACUGCUUAACUCUUAACAAAGGCUCCUUUCUGCUGAUGUGCCGCGAGUGCUGGCAAAGGUGGAGUCCGUGAAAGAGAAACUCGAGCCCGAAUGAGAUUCAGACUGAAGCAGGAGACUCAAAGUGCUCAUACUAGGCGAGUGAUUCACAGGACCUUUUGGGCCAGUACACUGCUAACAAAGUUAGCCAAAACUUUCGAUGGACCACGUGCAACAUUAAGCUUUUGGAGGCCUUGUUUACUGUAGUGCAAGAGUAUAUCAGAAUGCCUCUCAAUGAUGACCAGAGCAGCGAUUCAGAUUCUUCGCGCCUCUCGGAAAGCACAGCUUCUUCUAGCGACUCUGAAUAUUCAAGGCAGAGCUUUAACAGUGAUUCUUCAAGCAAACCCAGUUCCCCAGCGUCAAGCCCUCCCAAGAUUAUUACAUUUGAUGAACUGAUGGCAGCUGCAAAAAAUCUGUCAGACUUGACUCUAGCUCAUGAAAUUGCUGUAAAUGCAAAUUUUUGUAUAAAACAUGAAGACUUACCACAGAACAGCUUUGCAGGCACGGUGAAACAAAUUGUACACAAGGCGUUUUGGGAUCAUUUGGAAUCAGAACUGAAUGAAGAUCCUCCAGAAUAUGAACAUGCUAUCAAGCUCUUUGAGGAAAUUAAGGAGAUUCUCCUUUCCUUCCUGACUCCUGGAGCAAACAGGAUCCAAAAUCAAAUUUGUGAAGUUCUAGACACAGAUCUCAUAAGACAGCAGGCAGAACAUAAUGCUGUUGAUAUUCAUGGGCUAGCUAACUAUAUCAUCAACACUAUGGGAAAGCUGUGUGCUCCAAUAAGAGACAACGAUAUAAAACAGUUAAAGGCAACUGACAAUAUUGUAGAAUUACUGAGGCAAAUAUUCCGUGUUUUGGACCUGAUGAAAGUAGAUAUGGCAAAUUACACAAUUCAAAACCUGAGGCCGUACCUUCAGCGUAAUUUGGUGGACUAUGAAAGAACAAAAUUCCAGGAAAUUCUUGAAGAAACACCAAGUGCCCUGGAUCUCACAACAGAAUGGAUAAAGGAGUCUAUAGAAGAUGAAUUGUCAUCUGUUUCCGAUGAAUCUUCAUCAUCCCCUGGUGCUGAUAGUAGUUCUAAACCAAUUAUUAGUCCUACACUGGUGCUAAACAAUGGCUACUUGAAACUGUUACAAUGGGAUUAUCGCAAAACAAUUCCAGAGACUCUAAUAACAGAUGAAGUUCGUCUUCAAGAGUUGAGAGAAAAGCUCAAUCAAUUGAAAAUCAUAGCUUGUAUUUCUCUCAUAACAAACAAUAUGGUGGGAGCAGCGAUUGUAGAUGGGCCUGAUUUUGCUGAGCAUCUGAAAAGGAUCUCUGUUCCCCUUCUUGAAGGCAUGAGUAAGAAAACUUUUGAUUUGAAGGAGGCUCUGAAUGCUAUUGGUGUCCAGGUUUGCAGCAAAGUGAACAGGUGUCUAACUGAAAGAGGUCUUCCCACUCUUAAUGAAGAAAUGCAGAGCAACUUAAUGGGUCAGAUCGCUCAUAUUGUUGAGGAGAAUAAUCCUGUCACUUCCUUGAUUGACAAACGAAUCCAGCUCUUCAUGAGGAGCUUGCUUGCUCUUCCGAAUUUCCAGAAGUGUAUGCCUACUAUGCCAGGAGGCCUUUCUGUGAUUCAGACAGAGAUGGAGUUUGUUGGAUCGCAGUACGCAAGCAUUGUGAACUUUAAUAAACAAGUGUAUGGACCAUUCUAUGCAAACAUACUGAGAAAAUUGCUUUUUCCUGAGGCACCAAUGAGGAAAGAAGAAACAGAAACACCUACCAAUUAAAAAAUGACCUAUUCUAUUUCCCUUUUUUUACUUUUCAGGACAGUGAUCUGACUUCCCCACUAUGAACAGCCCAUUCCAAUGACUAUUCAUGAGAGAUGUUGUAAAGUGUAUGCAGAUAGUUUCUGAAAUUCACUGGAAAGCAAUUAAUGUCAAGGACAUACAUAUUUUAAUAGACUAAAUUUGUUGAAUGGAUUGUGUCACUUGUAAUAGCCACUGAAUUUUAGUUUUCAAGUAAGGACUUCUUAUUAUUUGCAGUGGGAAAGAGCUAGCAAAGUAUGUGCUGUUUUGCCAGCGUUAAAACAUAAUAUUGUUUUCAACUUAAAUAUAUUUACAUAUAGCAAUGCAAUUAUGAAAUGGCAAAACAAUUGUAGAGAAAACAUACUAUACUUAUGUUGUAUUUUUGUAGAGCAACAUCUAAUAGAAUAAUUACGUUUCUGAAAAGACUUUGAAGCAAAAAACGGAUAGCAUUAACUGCUUUUGUAACCAAAACCAGGUUCAUAUUAGGCCUAGUUCUGGUACUCCGGCAAUUACUGCAAUCAGAACUCUGGCUCUGUUACAUUAAGGAACGCCAGUAUUACAAACUGUUUGGAUGAUGGCAGUUACAGAAGCAGCAUUCACCACUUAAAGUAGGAAUCAUUCAGAACUUUUCAACUGUAAUUGAAAGUUAAGAUAAACAUCUAAGAAACAUGGCAGGGGGCUUGUGGAUUAAGUUGGUGUAUAUAAUGUUCAUAAGCAUUUUGUUUAUCCAGUGGAGGUCGUACAGAUCUUAAAUUUAAUCUCUAAUAUGUGUAUGUACUGAUCUUUGAUCUUAAUGGGUAUUAAGUAUUUUUCAGUUAGGAAUAAAGGUCAGAAAGACCUAAAAGCACUUGAGAGUUUCCUUAAAGAAUAGCACAGAGCAGUGUCCCCUUCUGUAUUCUAUCGGAUGAGGAUGUAAGCUUUUAGAAACAUUUUUGGGUCUAAAAGUAAGAACCCAAAUGAUUAGUUAUUGAAAAUGUGAUUAGAUUCAUUCUCACUAGAUCUGUGAGAAAUACUGCACUGCCUUCAAAUUCCUUGGGAGUAGGCCCCAAUACUUACUUCCCAUUUAAGGCAUCAGGAGUCUUGCAUACAGAAAACAAAUAGGCUUGGAAUGGAGAAAUGUGGAACUAAAGCCUAUGUAGACUCAAAAGUUUAUUUUGCAUAUUUCAGAUAACUGGGAAUUGAUACUGCUGGAAUACCUAACAUAGACAUGUUCUUGUCUAUAAAACUGAAUUGCAAUUUACUUGAAAUGUUCUUUUAAUAUAUUGCCAUAUAAUAGUCCUUUAAAAAUCUCAUAUAUACAUAUAUAUAUAUAUAUAUAACUCCCAUGUGGUACAAGUUCUAUAGCUUGGUUUUACUAUUUUAUAUUACAGUUUAUUUUUAUGAAGAGACAAAAAAUUGCCCGUGAAAGCUUAAUGUUUCACACAAAUUGUGUAUGUACAUUACUGUCUAUCAAAGGUCUAAAAAACUGGGCAUUAUUAGCACUGUGGUUUUGUAGUCCAUUUUUACAGAAUUGUGUAUUCUUUUUUAGGAAGGGAAAUGACUUCUAUUCAGUUGCUCCUCAGUGUCCAAGGACUUUGGUCCCAUGUACAUGAUAAGAAAAACUUUCUUCAAAAUGCUUUUUUAGAAAAGAAAUUUCUCUAGUGUACUUCUGCUCUGUCCCUUGUUAAAAUAUUGCACCAAAUAAAGAUGAGUACAUAUGUUAAAGGGAACUGUUUCCUAAAGCCUGAAAAACCUGAGACAAAGGAACUCUUAGGAUAUAGUAAUUGUGCCACUAGGUGAAACAGGCUUGCUUAGAGGAAUAUGCAACUUUGGUCUGCAAUUCAAGAUGAUCAAGAGAAGAAUGGAAUUCAAAAGCUAUGAGGGGGAACUAAAUAUUAGUUUAGUUAUUUCUAAAGAUGUAGCAAAUCACUAUUUUGAGCUUCAACCAAAAGAGGAUUUUAUGAAGAUGACUGAUAACAUGAUUAUGAAUUUUUUAAUCAUAAUACAUUAUAUGCAUUCUAUUGUAAAAAUAUCAACUUAUAGAUAUUUAAUGUACUGAGGAAAGCAUCAUCUUAGUUUUUACCAGUAAAUACUCAACAAAGGAGGAUUCAGUGGAGGGUUUGUUGGUAAUUAAGGUGACUUGCACAGGGCAUUUUAUAGCAUGGCCUAUGUUUCAAGUGAUUGCUUAAUGUAUCUUUAUUUAAUAUUUCAAACUUCAACAUUGGAUCUGCUUACAUGUCAUGUGUUGCAUGCUGGUUACGCUACCCUGGCUGCAAGGCACUUGUCUCUCCUCUGAAGAUGUCCUUGUGAAACAAGAUGCCAUUUUGUAGCAGCCUUCUUUGUUGAAAUGCAAAUAUUUGAGGUUUUGUAUGCAUUAAAUUUUGUUUGUGAUACCCUGCUGGUGAAAAGUCAUUCAUGCAAACUUUUAAAAAUGUAAUGGAUUGUUAAGUGAUGAAGAUAAAGGGCUGCACUAAUAAUA